GCACAGGUGAGGUGCUGACGUACAGCACGCCGAUCACCAGACAGGCUCUGAUGGGGAAGUGAAAGGCGCUUCUCGAUGUGGAAGCGUCGCCAUUAACGAGGAACAUUUCUAAUCAUUCUCCGGUUUAGCUGAGUAGAUUCGGAUGAGAUGGGCGAUAAUUACUGCAUGCGGUUGAAAGUGUUCGGUGAUGAAUGUCUGCGGUGCUGGAAGAACAUCGGGUCCGGCGGGUUCGGCGAUGUCUACCGGGCGAAGCACACGGCUCUGGGGAUGGACGUGGCCAUAAAGUUAUUACAUUAUAAAGACGGCAGGUCGGCAUCCUCCAUUGAGAAAGAAGCUCUCCUGAUGUUCCAGGGCGGGAAUCCUAACAUGAUCAGGAUCCUGGGUCUGUACGAGGGCCGUGUGGGCGAGGGCCGAGGGCUGGUGAUGGAGUUCAUGCCCAAGGGUUCGGUGGCCGAUCUGCUGCAGACGCUGGCCGGGCCGCCGCCGUGGCCUCUGACCUUCCGCAUGGCGCACCAGAUCAGCCUGGGCAUGAACUUCCUCCAUCAUCUAACUCCUCCGCUCCUGCAUCUGGACCUCAAGCCCAGCAACGUGCUGCUGGACGACAGCCUCAGAGCCAAGCUCACAGAUUUCGGUCUGUCCCGAGUGGCUCGAAGCGUUUCUAGAUGCUCCGGACAGAAAGACGAGGAUGAGGGAGGAACGCUGAGCUACAUGCCUCCUGAAGCGCUGCAGUCCGUCCAUUACAAAGCCAACAAAGCCUCCGACGUCUACAGUUACGGCGUCCUGCUGUGGUCCAUGGUCACCGGGAGAGAGCCGUACAGCGAUGCUGGGUCCAGUCUGGUGCGCUUCCGGAUCCCUCAGGGGGACAGACCUGACCUGACGUGGAUAGACCGCUGCCAGACUGAGGGUCUGGAUGAUAUGGUGAAGCUCAUGACUGAGUGCUGGCAUCAGGACCCCGACAGGAGACCGUCGUUCCUCUGUUGUGUUAAUGAGACCGAGAAGAUCUUUAGUAUGCACAAACACGGACUCAAUGAAGCCGUCUAUGAUGUUCUGAAGCUGCUGGAUAAUGAUGAUGAUGAUGAUGUCUGUUCCGGUUUGAAAUCAAUCCAGAUCAGCCACAAACCACUCAAUGAAGCUCGUCCUCAGGGUUCGUCCUGCGUCACCGGACCGCCUCCUAAACAGGAAACAGCUGUCAGUAACACAAAACCCACAAAGACAGAAUCAUCUCCUCGUCCUGCUCCGCUGGUGACGCCUGUCAGAACAACACAGCGGCAAACUUCAACACCAGGCGGCGUUCAGAUCACCAUGUCAAACGUCUAUGGAGUUCAGAUCGGCAACAACAACAUCAUGAAUAUGGUUCAGAGGCCGCGGCAGAGACACCGAACGGCUCCUUCCAGAGUCAGCACGUCUUAUUCCCACUCAGAGAACUCACAGAAUAAACCACAGUGACCUCUGCACACUCUCUCUGCAGCAAUCCGCUCUCGUUCCAGUGAAGUGUUUAGAGUCACAAACUAUUCCUGUGACUCAAAGGGCUGGACACUCAAAAAACAUCCAGGCCUAAAUGUCAAUGUGAUGUGUUUGAAUUGCUUAUAAAAUGUCCAUCCAUUUGGAUCACACAGUUUUAACAUAAACUAACUAAUAAACUUAAUGUGAUGCAUACUUGUCAGUCAUACAUAAGC